GUCACAACAAAAUAAAAGAAAUGUAAAGGUUGAGUUUAUUUGAUUAAGUUAUUUUUAAUUUGAAAUAUUUUAAGAAUGUCUUCUCCAGCACCAAAAUCUCCAGAACAAUCAGAUAAAAGCAAAAAAUAUGACCGCCAAUUAAGGUUAUGGGGAGAUCAUGGACAGAAACUUUUAGAACAUUCAAAAGUUUGUCUUAUAAAUGCAACUGCACUCGGAACUGAAAUUCUAAAAAGUCUAAUUUUACCGGGUAUCGGGUCAUUUACCAUAGUUGAUGGGGAAAAGGUUACAGAAGAGGAUAUAGGUUCAAAUUUUUUCUUAGAAAGUGAUAGCAUUGGUACAUCGAGAGCUCAAGUGUCUACUCAAUGUCUGCUUGAACUUAAUCCAGAUGUAAGAGGUGAUUUUAUAGAUGAAUCUCCAGAACAUGUAAUGUCCCAUACACAAGAUUUUUUCAACAAGUUUACUGUUGUUAUAGCUACUGCCCUACCUGAAAAAGUUCUUAUACCACUCUCAAAACAUUUAUGGGAAUCUGAUGUUCCACUAAUAGUCUGUAGGAGUAUAGGUUUCUUAGGAUAUAUUAGACUACAAGUGAAAGAACAUACAGUUAUAGAAUCACAUCCUGAUAGUGAAAAUCAUGAUUUGAGAUUGCUUUCACCAUGGAGAUCUUUAAGGGAACAUCUUGAAAGUAUAGAUGUUUCCAUGUUGGACUCAAAAACAAGAAGUCAUACCCCAGCAUUAGUUAUAUUAUACUACUAUUUAAAUAAAUACAAGGAAUUGAAUGGAGGAGCAAUCCCAAAAACUAGACAAGAAAAGGACAUCCUUCGAAAAAUGAUCAGAGAUAGUCCAGUUUGUGAUGAGGGCUGCGCUAAAAUUUUAGAAGAGAAUUUUGAAGAAGCUAUACGUUACUCAAAUACUUGUCUGAAUCCCUCUACAAUACCUUAUAAUGUACAGGAAAUUUUAGAUGAUGAAUCUUGCAAAAAAUUGACUCAUGACAGCUCUUCUUUUUGGAUAAUGUGUGCAGCUCUCAGAGAAUUUGUGCAAUGUGAAGGUGCAUUACCAGUCAAAGGAAGUUUGCCGGAUAUGGCAGCUGACACAACAAGCUACAUCUCAUUGCAGCAACUGUAUCAUCGACAUGCAGAACUACAAGCUGAAUCCGUUUACAGACGGGCGUCAGACAUGGCAAGAGAUUUAGGAUUGCCUUUGGAUGCUAUUAGUCAAAAUGAAGUGAAAUUAUUUUGUAAACACGCUAGCGAAUUGCACGUCGUAAGAGGCAGCUGCAUAGCAGAUGAAUAUGAACGCACUAGACUGGAUCUCAACUCAUACCUGGAAGAUCCAGAUAGCUUAAUGUUCUAUUACGUGAUUUUGAGGGGACUGGAAAGAUUUAUUAGCGAAUUUAAUACUUAUCCUGGACAAUUUGAUGAUCAGGUGGAACCGGAUGUUCUUAAAUUGAAAGGAAUCAUCGGAAAACUUCUUUCAGAAUGGAAUUGUUCCCAAGUUCUAAGAGAUGAACGAGUCCAUGAAGUUUGCCGUUAUGGAGGUGCAGAAAUUCACUCAGUUUCAGCCGUUUUGGGAGGUUGUGCAGCACAUGAAGUGAUUAAAUUGAUAACACAUCAGUACAAACUUUUGAAUAACGCUUUCAUUUACGACGCAAUUAGCUCCAAUUCUGCUACGUUUUGUCUUUGACUUCAUUAUUCGUAUUUUAUAAGUUAAUUAGUGAAAUAUAAAUUAAAGCCGUU